AUGCUUAAGUGGCUCAUUAUUGGGCGGAGGUUCAUGAGGAGUUACUAUGGCGACGCCCAGCCUGUAGUAGUGGCUUGGACGGCCCACUGGUCAUGGUAUUUUGGGACCUCUCGAUCGCUUGCAGGCGGAGGCGGCAACCCAUGUCUUGGAGAUGAGGAAAUUGGGGAAGAUAGGGAGGUAAAGCGUGGGGGAGAAGGUGCUUGGGUUGAGGGACUCGAAGGAACUUCUAAAGAGCGCCAGGCAGGAGAUGGCUAUUUUAAUCAUUUGUUGUGGCAGACAGGAGAUCUUCGGCGAGUGCCAUCAUUGCCACCGACACCAGUUUUUUGGGGCGCCCGAGGAAUUCAUGGAUUUACUUCGAGAAUAGGGCAAGGCGCUGCAGCUACAGCUCUGGAAUUCUAUGCUGCCCAGCCCCAAGAUGCUGAUCGUCAAGAGCUUCCUCAAGAACUUCCUUGUGCUAAAGAGGAGGCCGGGUCUGCAUCGAGAAAAUUAAUGAGACUGCACGUUGGCGGAGCCACUGAGGGAAGGAAUUAUGACAGUGCAUCUGGCGGGGGUCCUGGUGCUAGGCUGCGUGAAGGAGAGACGCUGCAAAUGUGGGAACGGCGAAAGAUACCUCCCUAUGCUGAGGAACAGGUUAUCAACUUGUUUCAGCGCAUGAUCGGCGCUGCAUCGCUGUGCCGAACCUUGAUUCGGAAGUUAACCCAACGUCAACGCCUGCACAUGGCACGGGAGGUGGUGAGGCUGCUGGCACUAGAACUGGGGGCUUUUUCUCUUGUGCGAGGGCAUCUCGAACCGUUACGGUCAAAAUUAGCUAACACUCUUUUGCAACUAAGUAACGAAGCUCUGCAGCGCAGCGGCCAGGACAUGGAGCUGGAAGAAAGUCGAAGCAAUAUUCGCAACCUGAAAAGCAUAUCAUUGCAGCCUCUCCUCUGUCAUCGUCAUGCCGGGAUAUCCUCACUUGGGCUCCCUUCGAUGAGGCAACUAGUGGAGGAGAUACACCGCGCUGUUCGCGAUGCCGGAGGCAUCCCGCAGUCUCCAUCACACGCAACAAAAACACAUCAGAAUGUUGCUCUUAGGUCGUCGACUAGCGAUCAACAAACGUCCACUUCACGGGAGCCACUAGAUGAAGAACAGAGACAGACGCGCAGACAAGAAGAAUCUCACUCUGCACUGCAACCAUCUUCGAGUCUGUCAGGCGCGGGGCUACAAGGCCUGCAGGCAGCGGCUUUUGCAGAGCCUCUACAGGAUUACCCAUUGGUUCUGUCGCCAGUUGGCCACCUUUCUCGCCCAGCUUAUUCCAUCCUUUCAGAAUUUGGAACAAGUGCCGCAGCGCGCUACUGGCAGCCCUUUCCAUCAACAUUUCCUCAUCCACUGCUGAGCCCGUCGGUGCCUUCAACGCAUCUACAGCAACUUGACGUCCAAGGCGCACCGCGAAAUGCUAGUGCUAAUGGAAGGGUACUUAGUGGAUUGGUUCAGACCCGUACUUCCGAACAUGCGGAUCUGGCUGCGAGUCAAGUGCCAGGCAUGUCUCCGUUGCACGAAUCAACGCCCAGUUUUCCGUCCUACCCACAAACGGCACGACGUGCAUUCGCUGGGCCAAAUGCUCAUGGGGGUUUCCCAGCAUAUACAAGCUACGGCGGGCACAGCGUUUCUCACUAUGUCGCACCACCUUCCCUGCUUCCACCCACUGCCAGGCCUACGGGACAGGCCUCAUAUUCAGAGCAUGGCGGGAACUAUGGAACAGUGCCAGGAGAUAUUCUCCAGCCUGAAGAACCUGACCAGAUGGAAGGUCUUCUGGCGGAUCUUAUCAGAGGCGGUCUCAAACUCGAAGAUAUUUUCCCCACGGGAGACCGUCCAUACCAAUAA